CAUCGGCUACGCAACACCACCCAACGCAUCCUAUACGGAUGUCCACUACGCGCAGGGCACGCGCUCCGCAAUCUUCCAUGGACUUCACCCUCGCACUUCCACCAGUCGCUGACGUUCUUCGAACCUUCGGACCCGCUUAAGUUCGCCAUAAUGAAGAACUUUCUGCGCGCAUGGUGCACACGAGAGUACGCACUGACUGCCUCGUUGUUUCGUUCCUCGCCCCGACUUCAUUUCCGAGAGGGUACGAGGCGUGUCAAGAUUGUUCUUUGUCCUUGCUAUCGUCCCCCAUCCGCUUGACCGAUCAUCCCAACGCUGUCUGUCCCGUUCAAGGUCGCGCAGAGAUGCCAUCGUCCUUGCUGUUGAUCUCUUUGGACCAAGCUCGGAGUUUCUCCGAUGCUACAGUACUGGAUGACGAGUACAUGUACAAGGAUGUAGUACUACCUGUCGCUCCCUCGAGCUGUGAAGGAUGUAGAUCUGCCACAUCGAGCCUGGCACUAGAUCAGGGCGCCUUGGAGUUACCGUAAUAGGGACAAACAAAUGAUAUCGGCUUGACUCGCUUU